AUGUUACAGGUACUUCAAUUAGUUGUAUUAUUGGUUGGUGUUUCAAACGUGCAAGCCGCAUACUGGCAAAACACAACCUCCUCAGCUCAAACGGUUAAUGGUGCUUCUCUCACUUCGGUUCUUCCUUUGGGCGAAUCCAGUCAAGAGUUUUCGAGUUCAACUGUAAAAACUUGGGAUAUUUCAUCGUUGCAGGGAACUGAACUUGGCUCUGGUUUUGGUUUGAGCACCGAAUCCUCAGGAUGGAUUUCUUCGUCUGGUAAAGUCUCCCCUACCACAGUGAUCGGAUCUUCAAUUGAUUUACUUUUAGGGUCAUCUAAUGCCUUCAGCGUCAAAACUUCUUCUUUCUCCAUGUUGUCCGCAAAGGAAUCUGAAUUUCAAACGUCUUUAGCAUCUUCGACAUUGUCCUCUACCCAGAUUCACACCUCAACAGAUGCAGAACAUUCUUCAAGUGCAUUGAUAAGAACCUCUGCUCAACAGUCAGUGUCUUCUGGGUCUCAAACCUCUGAGAUGGUUGCUAGCACUGACUCGACUUUGUCCAGAUCUUCCUCGGUUACCCUUGGCAGUGCUAGUGGGUCCGUUUCCUCCGCACAACUGGGAUCGUCUAAUGUGCAGUCUUUUGUUUCUAGCACGCCACUUUCUGAGUCGAUUUUAUCUUCUCCAGUAUCUACUUCUCAGAGUUCAGUUGCUUCAUCUGGCACCUCCUCCAUCGAGGCGGCAGUUAACUCGUUGUCCGGUAUUUUAGUUAGCGAAGUUUCAAGUGCUUAUUUGGCAAGUUCAACACAAGUUUUUGAGCUCAAGUCGUCACUUGAAACAGAUCUGGCUUCUCUUUCUUCAUCGCCCAAGGUUUCUCAAUCAGCUCAAUUUGGAAGUGAACCAACUCAUAGUGCAUCGAGUGUUGAACCUUUUACAGCUACUGACCAGUCUACCAAUCAAAUAUUACCUGGAAGCACCACCGGUUAUUUGUCAGCUGCUGUUGUUUCGACAUAUAGCGAUUCAAAAGGUUCAUUUAUAUCUCAGGGCUUUGCCUCGGAGUCAUCAGCGAGUAAUCCAUCAUCGUCUGGAAUAAGUUCUUCUGGAAAUGCUACUACAAAAACAUUCAUGGAUGCUUUAUUCCUUUCACAGACUAGUACUUCAAAGGAAGAAAUGUCUCUCGAAACCAUAUCGUCGAUUCAGUCUAUUGUAUUGAGCACGGCAUUUUCUUCUAUCCAGUUCACAGCUUCUUCUGCUGAUGCUGUUCCUGUUGUCUCUACUGCUUCUGUUGCUUCUGUUGCUUCUGUUGAUUCUGCUGUCUCUGUUACUUCUGUUGUUUCUGCUGUUUCUGCUUCCUCUAUCUCGUCUAUUCCUUUUUCAACUUUCACAACACCAAUGCCUAGUGCCAAACGUUCCUUGUCUUCCUUGCAGGUCCCCGAAAAUGACGUAUAUUACGAGACCUUUGUAUCUUAUAAUACUGUUACCAUAUCCACCGAAGUUUGCAAAGAACAUCACUGUACGCCAACUACAACUACGGUUGUUACUCCCACUACCUGUACUAUUCCUAUCGGCAAGAAUUCACGGUUAGAGAGUAGCUCGGCACAAAGGUCCCUUCAACCGAAAUACACACUCUCCACCGUCACGACUACCAGCAAUGGCCAAACUACUGUAUACAUCACUUGGUGCCCAGUGUCCUCGGUAAGUGAAGAAUCUACGGAGUCUUUUUUGAAAUCUACGGUUACAACAUCAGUGCGUAGCACAGCGACCUCGGUAAGUAAUGGAGUUACUGUGGUCUAUACAACUUGGUGUCCUCUAAUUUCAACUAAGACAGUAUCUGUCGAGUCAUGUUCUGAUCAUCGUUGCUCCAAAACAGAAACUGCUUCGAAAUUCCCAUCGACCUUGCGCUCAGAUACUAUUAUUCGUCCAGUUUCGUCGCCAAAAAUGGAUACUAGAAGUGAUCAACACUCCGUACCUCCUGCAAUUUCCAUACCAACAAAAGGUCGCAGUACAAAAUCUUGGAAGAGCCAGUCUGUUUCUGGAACAACCAAAACUUUUAUUGUAUCUGUUGAAUCGUGCUCUGGCGGGAUAUGUACAGUCCCUUCUAGUCCCGUUCGCUCGCUUGUUACUCCCAAAAUAGAAAAGGGAAGUUCAAUCACAAUUUUGUCAACUACCAAGAGCCACGGUAGUCAACCUCUUUACACGUUGAGUACAGUUACACAAACAACUCGUGGUGUUGUUACAAUUUAUACGACGUGGUGUCCUAUCACUGUACCUCAUACGACCACCGGACAUAACUCGGAAACUACCGCCACCACUACUACCUUGAAGACACUAAUUGUAUCGGAAACGUGUCCUGAUGCACAUUGUAUUCGGGUGCCCACUGCUACAUCAACUUUUUCAACCAAUAUGAAAAGUACGGCGCAUGUUACAGAAAGCAGGGUGUCAACAAAUGUGCCAGGUACACCUAUACUUACCAGAAAGUCAGAAGCAUCAUCGAUCCGCUCGUCUCCAGUGCCUCCAAACAGCAUAAGUUCAAAGGCUACCACUCCUGUUAGAUCAGUAAGUUCCGAUAAAACAAAUCCGAUCCCCAUCUCAACCCAACAAACGUAUAUUCCUCCUCCACCGUAUAAAAUCAUUUCUUCAUUGGCUACAAUCACUACGACAUACAACGGUAAAGUAACAAAAUACACAACGUGGUGUCCUUUUACUGCUAUCUGUACUGAUAACAGGUGUAAAACUGCUGCUACUCCUUCUCACUUGUCUGUCCCAUCUACAACCGAGCACACUGUAUCAAAUGAAUCAACCACCCCUCCACAUCCCACUUUUAGCACAACUGUUGGAUCCUCUAUUUCCACUGUCACAACAACAUACAACGGUAAAGUAACAGAGUAUACGACGUGGUGUCCAUAUACCGCUACAUGUCAAAAUGAUGAUUGUACCGUAGAAAAGCCUAUUAAGUCAGCAUUCACAACAUCACAGGGUCCUGGCACAUAUGUGUAUACUACAACUACUGGGACGCACGAAGUAACAUUGACGACAACAUGCACUGAUUCGCACUGCAUUAUUCCAGUGACAAGCUCUGUGACUGUUCCUCCCCUGAGUGUGGUAACUGAUACAACAUCAAGUACUACCGCGAUCACUGAAGUGUGCACCGGUUCACACUGCUCUACCUCAUCGACAGUAUCUGAACAGCAGGAAACCUCCCCUCCUUCGACUACUACUCCGAUUGUUACCAUCUCCCCGUCUGUUAGCACUUACGAAACAACCGUUAAAUUUACAACCUUGGAUCUAGUGACGGUCACCACAGAGAAUGAACACCAUGAGUUGGUGACUAUUACCACGUCGACACCUAUUUAUUCAAACGUUGUUUCCACAGUAAGAGUAACAACAAAUACCCGCGUUACACCAUCUCCAUCGGUUCCUAUAACAACGCCAGUGAAGCCGGAAAAUACCCCAGGGAACGCGGUGAGUUCUGUCUCUCCAAAGACAGUUCCUGGUUUAACUACGUAUAUGGGAAGCGCCAGUACUAAAACUCUGAACGGUAUUUUAAUGUUUUUGGCUAUAGUUUUGCUUGUGUAA